AUGGGCGUCACUUACUCGCUGGCGCCAAAUGUCUUGGCAAAAGCAUGGUCACUUGCGAGGCUGGAAAAGGAGGUUCAGCGGCACAACAAAUUCAAGAAGACAGUGUGGGCGUGGAGGAAAGUGUCACUGUCGACUGGAACAACGGUAUGCUAUCUACAGCAGAUGUCCCUUGCAGAUCAACGGGCACAAAGGAUGCAUGGUCACGAGGCAGAGAUAGAGUUGUCCGAUUGUGCCUUCAAGAUUGCUGCUUCCCAUCCUCGUACCAUUGUCCCCUCCCAUAUGAUAUUUGAGGCAUCGAACCCCUAUUUGAAGACCUUUGAUCUACGCGGCUUAUGGAUACGUAGCCUAAUGCCCCCGCAUUGGCUACAAUUUGACCCGCUCCGUCGUUUUAAAGGCGCCGGCGAUCUAACAGGCUGCUAG